UUUUGCAUUUUAUUUUCAUAUCAGAAAUUCCAAAAUUGUAUGAAGAAAUUCGAUAUUGUGGACAAUACAUUACUUAAGUUAGGCACAACCACAAAUUAUAACAAGUUACGCAAGAAAACAGCAUGCAUUGCUUUAGGAUGGUUCCUGAUAGCUUUAUUCUUGACAUUCGGUUCAGCAUUAGCUGUAAAAGAAGAACAUGAUCGUGACAUUGCAACAUGCAUGUUCUUCUUAUUAAUACGAUGCUACUGUUUUCACAUCAACUUUAUCAGUGAUUUGACUACUGCAAGUAUUCUCGAAUACAUAGGACUAAAGUUUGAUCAAGUCAAUGAACAUCUUCAGAAUAUAAUGAGAAAUAAUGAACAAAAAAUAGAAGAGGCUUGGCAAAGUCCCAUAAUGCAUCCGUAUGAACACAGAUUUUCGAAGCUACCACUACGUACAAUAAACAGCAAAAACAUAAUGUGGAUUGUUAUACAUCUUCAUUUGGAGCUGCGCAAAAUAUCCUGUGGAAUAGACUCAAUACUUGGAACGCAAAUGACUUUAAGAAUGGCAUGGUAUUUUGUUUGGAUAGCGAUUAACUUGCGUGACAUUCUUUACGCAAUCCUUAGCUACAAUUACGUGAAAUAUAGAAUAAUGUUCACUACUGCGAACUUUGUCUGGUUUUCUCAUAAUGUUUUCAAGUUCCUGCUAAUUAAUUAUAUGUGCGAAACAGUUUCCACCAAGGCAAGGGAAACAACAGAUUUAUUGAAUAGACUAUCAUAUUUUACUUGUGACAUUGAAAUUCGUGAAAUUAUUUCACAAUUUUCAUUACGAACAGUUUAUACACCACUUAGAUUCUGCGGAGUCGGAUUGUUCCAAUUUGGCUUCAAAUUUCUUCACAGGGUAUGUUAUACUUAUAAUAUAAUUAUAUAUUACAAAUAGCUACAUUUGUGACAAAGAUAAAAGCAAACUUCAUUUUUAGUUUGUGAUGUCUAUUGCGACCGUUUUAAUUAUAAUAAUACAAGCGCAUGCAAAUAAAUAAACAUUUUCAUCAAGUUAUGAUAAAGUGCAUAAAACGUAGUUUAAAAAAUUCGUAUAUGUUGACAAUUCUCUUUAUUAUUAAGAUAAUUACGCUUUGCAUAUAC